AUGCUGUAUCUGGGGCGCAGACCAGGACGUCAGCAGAACUUCAGAGGUUCCUCGACUUAUACUGUGGACGGGGAAACCCUAGAAGAAGUGCACCAAGUUGGACUUCAAGUCUUCGACUAUGAGUUAUUUUCUCUUCCGUUGGAGAUGGUGCGCCAUAUCGGACUAUGCUGCGUCAACGAUCCUCGCAGUGUAUUUAUCACCCAUGACAAACGAAUCUUAGGCAUAGUUCUACAGGAGCUGAAUACAUUGCUGAAUAAACACCAGGUCCUUUCGCCUGCGCAAGCUCAGAACCUCAGAGAAAGAAUUAUACCUACGAUUAUCCCGGGGUCAUCAGAUUUCAAAACCCUUCUCGAAGACUCUCAGAAGGAUCCCCGGACAAAAAACGGAUAUAUCCUCAAACCCAUUCGUGACGGAUGUGGGAAUGGUAUUCUACUUGGAAAGAACAUAUCCGUCCAUGAAUGGGAAACGAUACUUGCGUCCCUUGGUAGUCACGCCGCUAAAACUAGCGUACCACUGUAUAUGAUCCAGCAUUUGGUGCCCCUACGGACCUUUGACUGGUUCUGGGACGAGCAGCGCAAGGUUCGCAAAAGUCGCAUGGUUGGGACCUACUUUUCCGUAAAUGGGCGUUUCGUGGGACUUGGCAUGUGGCGCACAGCAUCGGCAUCGGAGGAUGUGAUUGCAGCUUCGACAAAAGAUGCGACGGCUCUUUUGUCAGUGGUUCCUGUGGAUAGAUGA